GCGCUGCUGCACUUCCUUGUUUUCCUAAAGUAACCCGCGGGCUCGUUAUGGCUGUGUAUUUAGUGCAACUCCGGGCUCCGGUCUGGUCGUUGUUGAAGAGUGCGGCUCAGUGCACGAGGAGUUUCGGGAGCCGUGCAGAGACCGGGAAGUUGACUGUGCGCUGUGAGAAGGAUGGCGUGAGGGAUAUUAUUCUCAACAAUCCAAAGAAAAGGAAUGCCCUGUCCCUGGCUAUGCUGAAUUCUCUUCAAGCUGACAUUCUCCAUGAGGCAGACAGCAGUGCGCUGAGAGUUAUAAUUAUUUCAGCUGAAGGUCCAGUAUUUUCAUCAGGCCAUGACUUAACAGAGCUAACAUCAAAGCAAGGACCUGAGCAUCACAAGAAAAUCUUUGAGACUUGUGCAGAGGUGAUGAACCUGAUUCAAGAUAUUCCAGUGCCAGUUAUAGCUAAAGUAAAUGGUACUGCCACAGCAGCAGGUUGCCAGCUCGUUGCCAGUUGUGAUAUUGCCGUGGCAUCUAAUAAGUCGACGUUUGCCACCCCAGGGGUCAAUGUUGGUCUGUUUUGUUCAACACCUGCUGUUGCCCUUGGCAGAGCUGUACCCAGGAAGGUGGCCCUGGAGAUGCUUUUUACUGGUGCACCAAUCUCUGCCAACGAUGCUUUACUUCAUGGCCUGGUGAGCAAAGUUGUCCCAGAAGAAAAACUAGAAGAGGAAACCAUGAAAAUUGUUAAGAUGAUCUGUAAAGCCAGUAGGCCUGUAGUGGCUCUGGGAAAGGACACAUUUUAUAGACAAAUGGCUCAGGAACGUAAAACUGCAUACAGAUUGGCCUCCCAGGUUAUGGUAGAAAAUUUAGCACUGAUAGAUGGACAAGAAGGGAUAAAAGCCUUCAUUGAAAAACGCCAGCCUGUUUGGACAAAUUCACCUGAUAAUGCCCAUGAGUAGAGCAAUAAAAACUGAGGAUAUAUUUUUUUUUU